AGUACACCACUAGUUAAAAACGUUUAACCACUUAGCUUCUACUACAUACUCCGUAUCUAUUUCAUAUCAUAUACGGAGUAAACAACAAAAAUAAGAGUAAUUAAUUAAUUAAUCAAUUAAUUAAUUAAUGUGUUGCUGCUGUGGGAAGGAUGGUAUAUGUAAAUGUUGCUGCCGGUGCUGCGGUGAAUGCUGCAGCGGUAUUGGUAAAUGCUGCGGUAAAUGCUGCAGGAACUGCGGUAAAUGCUGCAGCAGUAUUGGUAGAUGCUGCGGUAGAUGCUUCUGUUUCUGUUGCGGCGGAGAAUCGCCGGAGAAUGGAAUCUUUGUUGCUGUUGUCCAUGUUCCAAAGGGUUGAGUACAUCUGGGAAAAUGGGUUUGGAAGUGGCGAAGAAAGUUCAGUCAACCGUAGGGAAGCCCAAAUAGGGUCAAUACAUGCACAUUAUAUUAUUGAUUGUCAUGGCAGUAUUGGGUCUCAAGUAGCUGCAAUCAAGUGGUGCGUGUGUUCUUCAGCUGAACUGAAGUGAAUUGUUCAUAACAAAUUAAGCUUGUCACCGGUGUAGUCGCUGGCCUGGUCACCGCCACCGCUGUUCACCGCAAAGUGAAUUGUUUUAUAACAUUGUGUUUGG